AUGAAUAUGGUUGAGUUGCACCCCCAUUUUGUUGCCGCGUGCAACUACGCCGAUGUGAGCUCCGUCGUAGGGUUGCUGAAGGAGCCGAUUGACAGCGCUGACUUUAAGACAAACAACGACGCCCCGUACCUGCCAGCCACGUGCAAGAGCACUAUUCACCUGGGCAAUACGCUGCGUGGGCUGUCAUAUUCGUCUCGCCCGCCGCCGCCGCCGCCGUCGCCGCCGCGAAAGCGCAAUUUAAAUGUCACGGCGGACACCCAAACGGCGCACGGCCCCUCCCCGAAAAGUGCACCGGCGGCGGCGAAGCGGCCGCCGCUUUCCUUGACUGAAGCAAAGGCCGUGUCGGAGGACGAGAAUGCUACUCCAUUUCCGGUUACGCCGCCGUCAAAGUUACGGAUGCCGGACGACUCGCGGCUGCGGCUUAGCCAUCGCCCGUCCUUGAAAGGCGUCCGACCAAGCCGGCCAAAGGUGCUGUGCAUAUGGGAUGUUGACGACACCCUCGUCGCAUCCGGAGUCAGCGGGGUUCGUCAGAAUACUAUGUUCCGGGAUUCUGAGCUGGUCGCACUCUUUAGCAGCGCCGGUGACUCCGCGCGUCACUUACUUCUCUCACAGGGGAGCAUCGACGACGUCUUUGGGAAGCCUUCUGGGCGACUGCGGUGCGUGUUGCCCUUUCUAGAGCGCACCUCUGGUUUCACCGGUGACAGCUCUUCGAGGGCUGGCGAGACAGACCAUUCCCCCUCGGCGUUAGAUUCUUCUAACGGAGGAAUGCCGAAAGAGAAGUCGUUCUUUACAAACGUGCUUCGUUGUGUGAGUGGGAACAAGGUGAAAGAGAGGCCGUCGUCGACGUCGUCGGUGAGCGAUCAGAAAGGUGCGCCGAAUGGAAACACGGCCGAUAGCGGCGCCCCCAACGAACACGACCUUCGGUACUUCUCGCCAGGCACGGUUGUGGUACGCCUAUCCACCGUGCGUGAUCGCAGCGAAACGACAGAGGACUCCGCGUUUCUGACCGACACGCAGGCAUCGCCGACGUGCAGCCGCACCUUCGAUGGGCAACUGGAUGACAAGGCAGAGCAACCGGGCCGAUGGCUCAUUCUUCGACCUGAGAUUUGGGGCAUAACACUCGCGUCAGUGAGCACUUUCUUCGCACCGUCGCGCAACACGGCGUUUGUGAACGGCAAAGUAUACCGCAAAAUGGAUGUGGUCUGGUCGCUUGCCAUGAGUAGCGAGUGGGACUCCGUCUUCUUCAUCGAUAACAACCUCUCGGAGGUGGGAGUGGUUCGGUAUGGGCUGCAAAUAUCGGAUGCUCUCGCUUUGAAGCGCCAGCGCAAGCUGUAUCGUUUUUUCCAGGGCGAUUAUCUGCUUCUCGCGACCUCGGCGAAGCUGCGCGAGAUGGAGCUGCGGUAUGGUCGUGACAUUACAAGGCCCCCCAACACUACUGAGUCCUCGCCGCUGCUAGGGAACAAGCAGGAUCGUCGUAGCUGCGACCAGCAGGGGUCUAAAGAAGCGGCUGCUGCUGUGAGUAACUCAAGCGCCUCAGCGAUACCACGAAAGAGCGUCAGCGCCGAAGAGGCGUGCGAUUUGAAGCGGACCAAGUCUGCUGCAGCGCUCAGCUCUAGCAGCGCCCACAGUACAGAGGCCACCACCGGUGGUGUAGCGAACAGUGACGCGGGCCAUCACUCAUCCUGGAGGGAGAACUCAUGGGUGCGAGAACCCGGCACCGACGGCGUUACAGACGACGUGAAAAUUGUGAAUGUGAGCAGGAGCGGUAGAGCGCCUCCGCAUCCUGACGUAACGUCCCCUCUGGUGGUGCAGCACCGACACGGAUCGUGCAGCAGAAAUCCUUCUGAAGGCGCGGAUUGCCUAUCGCUCACAUUCCUCUCCUGCUCCUCUCGCCGUCUUGAGAGCGGCGACGGUGACCUCGGGACCUCAGCGAUGAUGUCGUCCAAUUCCAUAGUACGCUCGCCAAAGCAUGUAUGCAAGGAUGUGGAUCUGAUUGUCGUGAACUUGCACAUGCCGUCGGAAGCAUAUCGCCGAGUGCUGACCACUGCUCGCACCAACAGCAGUGGGCAACGGAGCAUGCAGCGUGUCAACAGAGACCCCAACAGGCACGUUGGCCAGCCAGUGUUUGUCGGCGACCGAAGCUGCACCGAUGAACAGUACAGAGCCAUCCUCAGGCACUUCCAGGAGGCGGAGAGUACUCUAUUUCGGUUCAUCGAGGAGGAGAUUCGCGCAAAUGGUUUCGUAGAUGUCACCAAGGUAGGUCGCUGGGUGCCGAACCCGCGCCUGGUGUACACACCGGUACGCGUGCGGCCGACGUCUGUGCCGCACAUGCUGAACUUCUACAACCCUUUUUUUGUCGAUUUGGAGGAGGGGCUGGUGGCGGCGCUGCAGCGCACAGGUGGAACAAGUGCAUCAUGCGUGCUGCACACGGAGGCGCAGCGGCAGUACUAUAUCUUACAGCGUGUGCUCCCUUUCCUUGAUCCGUACUUGACGGGCGACCUGGGCCGCAUGCUCUUUGACAUCUACAUCACAGACGGCAACAUUCCGCUCUCCCUGGCGGAGCAGCUGAAGAAAACCAUUGAUAAAACCAGAGCCUGCAUUCAGCCAGUACCGAAGAAGAAUCACCUGUGA